GCGAUCUAUAUAUAACCAGUCAACUGCAACCUCUCUUAAUGGAACUAACCAUGCAAGCCCUAGUCGGAAACCGGUCGAUCGUCACUCGACUCUCAAACUACAUUUGCGGCAGCGCCUCUGGAGACGGCGUCAAGAUUGCCACCGUUCCUGUCCCUGAGAUCAACGACGACGAGAUCCUCGUCCGAGUUAGAUGCGUCGCUCUCAAUCCCACAGACUUCAAGCAUGUCGACGUUGUCGCCCCAAACGGAGCGAUUAUCGGCUGUGACUACUACGGUACCAUCGCAAAGGUCGGCCCCAAUGCGCCAGGGAAUUGGGCGGUCGGUGACAGGGUAGCUGGCUGGACCCAUGGCGGACUCUACCCUGAUCGAGGCUCGUUCGCCGAGUAUCUCAAGAUCCCCGGCGACCUGGCCUGGAAGCCGCCGUCUUCUGUGAGCGACGAGGAAGCGACCACGUUUGGCGUCUCAGCAGUGACCGCCAUGCUGGCCUUGAACGUCCGGCUCGGCGUUCCUUGGGUUGACAAAGGCCCAGUUACUGGAAAAUCGAACAAACAAGUCCUGAUAUAUUCCGGUGCAACAGCUGCCGGUCUCUACGCCAUCCAGCUUGCAAAACUGGUGGGCUGGCAGGUUAUCGCAACCGCGUCUCCUCGCUCCCAUGACCUGGUAAAGGGGUACGGUGCCGAUGACGUCUUUGACUAUCGAUCACCAACUGCCGUCGAAGACAUUGUCCGGGCGUAUCCCAAGAUUGACAAGGCCAUGGACUGCUUUUCAGAGGGCGGCUCAACCGAGUUCUGCGCCCAGGUUCUUCACAAAAGCGGGGGGCGAGUUGUCACGCUGUUGGAUCCAGGGAAGACCGACAUUGGUGGCGUUGACGUCGAUUUUAUGAUGGCAUACACCGUUUUCAAUCAAGAGUUCCAGUGGCUUCCUCCGCUUGGGCCAAAGUUUGCCAGGAAUUCGUCCGACCACGAAGCCCUGCGUCGAUUCUACAGCUCGUUGGCAGAUAUAUCGAAACAGCUCAAAACGCCACCACUCAAGAGGAUUGAUGGCGGACUGGAAGGCCUGCCUGCAGGUAUGGACUUACUGCGCCAAGGCAAGGUUUCUGGUACGAAACUGGUGUCGUCUCUUGGUUGACGGAUAUGCCAUAAUUGGUCAUUGACUGUAAAUGAUUUGACGUGGUAACACCUGAACAACACUUGGUUUGUUCUUUAUAUUUCUACGUUGUUGCUGUACUGUACGGCCCUGAGUGGAGGAAAUAUAUAUAUAUAUAUAAAUGUAAAGAUGAUGUAAAGCACCACUGGGGUUUAGUACGGGAACUCCGCGAUCCCUCACUCUAUCAACACAAUAAAUAUUAACAUAAUAUAUAGCAAAAUUUAGUAUCAAGAAUUCAAUUGAAGAACCGGGCCCUCCCGAAUCCGGUUAGUGGGGAGUCCGGUUUUGUCGUCACAGGCUCAUGGGAGCCGUCGCUGAUUGGCCGUCACAACCCACCUUCCGAAUCGAGUCAAACCUCGGCACAUGGGAACCUAA